AUGACACGAGAGCAGUAUAUAUUAGCAACACAACAGAACAGCCUUCCAAGGACUGAACAUCCUCAGUUUUACCCAGUAGGGAUUUAUGGAUGGCGAAAGAGGUGCUUAUACUUCUUUGUCCUUCUGCUGUUGGUUACCAUGAUUGUUAAUUUAGCAAUGACAAUAUGGAUUUUGAAGGUUAUGAAUUUCACAGUGGAUGGAAUGGGAAAUUUGAGAGUCACUAAAAAAGGAAUACGACUUGAAGGAAUAUCUGAAUUUCUACUUCCACUAUAUGUGAGAGAAAUCCAUUCUCGAAAGGAUAGUCCACUGGUCUUACAGUCUGACAGAAAUGUAACAGUGAAUGCAAGAAAUCACAUGGGACAGUUAACUGGACAACUGACAGUAGGAGCUGAUGCUGUGGAAGCUCAGUGUAAGAGAUUUGAAGUGAGGGCAAGUGACAGUGGAAAAGUAUUGUUUUCUGCAGACGAAGAUGAGAUUGUCAUUGGAGCUGACAGACUGAAAGUAACAGGCACGGAAGGGGCAGUGUUUGGGCACUCUGUGGAGACACCCCAUAUCAGAGCAGAACCUUCCCAAGACCUCAAACUUGAAUCUCCUACUAGAUCUUUGGUGAUGGAAGCACCCAGGGGAGUGCAAGUCAACGCAGCUGCAGGAGACUUAAAGGCUACCUGUAGGAAAGAACUGCACUUACAGUCCACAGAAGGGGAGAUAUUUUUAAAUGCAGAUACAAUCCGCCUGGGAAAUCUACCAGUGGGGUCCUUUUCGUCCUCCUCCUCCUUCUCCUCCUCCUCCUCACCCAGCUCUUCAGCUCCUCGCCAGACUAUCUAUGAGCUCUGCGCUUGUCCCAAUGGUAAACUUUACCUGUCCCCAGCAGGAGCAGGCUCCACAUGUCAAUCCAGUAGCAACAUCUGCUUGUGGAGCUAGAAUGACUCCAUUUUAUCCUCACACCAGAAUAGCCUUUUGUUACUAUCCCUCUGCUUCACAGUUCAGUUCGGUUUCCCUUGUGACAAGUCUGAUGCUCCAAAGGGCCUGCAGAGCAACUUCUUCCACUGUAAGCAGGAGUACG